GCGGCGGUGCGCGCGGCGGCGCUGGGCGGCGCGGGCGCGCGCGCGGUGGCGGCGCGCCGGCUGGUGUACCCGGCCGCGCUGGCGGUGGAGCCGGCGGCGCGCCUGCUGUACUGGGCCGACGCCUACCUGGACUGCGUCGAGCGCGCGCGCUACGACGGCUCCGGCCGCGUCACGCUGCGCAAGGGCUACUCGACGCAGAAGCUGCAGCACAUCUCGGUGCUGGACGGGCGCGUGUACCUGCCGCUGUGGGGCGCCAGCAGCGUGGUGUCGGCGACGCGCGCCGAGCGCAGCGCGCGCCCCGCCCUCGAGCUGCGCGACCGGCCCACGUCCGUGCUGGUCUUCCACAGACAGAGGCAACCCACAGCACAACAUCCGUGCGCCGUGAACAAAGGCGGGUGCGCGCACCUGUGCAUCACUGCGUACCGUAACGGCACGGCACACGCGGAGUGCUUGUGCAAGCACGGCUACCGCCUCGUCGGCCACGGGGACUGCGAACGUGUGGAGGUGGACGAGUGGCUGCUGGUGUGCCGCGGGUCCCCGCCCCUUGUGCAGAGCGUGCGCGUGCGCGAGGCGCGCGGGGCCGGCGGGGACGGCGGGGGCGGCGGGGACGGCGGGGGCGAGCCGGCCGCGCCCGCCGCGCACGCCGCGCGACCCACCGCCGCCGACGUCGACUUCGCCACCAACAUGCUUUACUACUGUGACGUGCACAGAUAUGAAAUAGUUCGUCAGAAAUUCGACGGUAGUGGUCGGGAAGUGUUCAUCGGUGAAGACGUAGACAAUUGUGAAGGCUUGGCUGUCGACUGGAUAGGGCGCAACCUGUACUGGACGGACGACGCGCUGGGCCGCAUCAGCGUGGCGCGCCUGGACUGGCCGGCCGCGCGCGCCGCGCUCGUCGACGAGCGGGACUUCAACCCGCGCGCCAUCGCGCUCGACCCGCCCAACGGAGUGAUGUAUUGGAGCGUGUGGGAAGGAGCAAGCGGGGGGCGCGGGCGCAUCGAGGUGGCCAACAUGGACGGCUCGCAGCGGCGCGUGCUGGUGGGCGCGGGACUGCACUGGCCCAACGGGCUCGUGCUGGACGCCGUGCGGCAGUAUCUGUACUGGUGUGACACGUACCUCAACAAGAUCCAGCGGCUGCACGUGACGGCGUCGGGCGGCGCGGCGGCGGGCGCCGAGCCGCAGCUGGUGCUGGCCAGCACGCCGCAGGUGCCCAUCUCCAAGCCGUACGGACUCGCCUUGUAUAACGGUGAUGUUAUGUGGAGCGAGCACGGCACGGGCUGGGUGCGGCGGCUGGAGCGCGGCGCGGUGCGGCCCGUGCGCCAGUUCCCGCCGCCACUCUACGACAUACGCCUCGUCUCAAAGAACUUACGGGAAAGCCGUGGCAACGCGUGCUCGUUCGCGAACGGCGGGUGCAUGGAGGUGUGCCUGGCGCGCGGGGCGGGUGCGGGUGCGGCGGUGGCGGGGGCGGGAGAGGCGGGGCGCACGUGCGCGUGCGGCGCGGGGCGCGCGCUGGCGGCGGACGGCCGCUCGUGCGUCAACCGCACCGCCGCCGAACCGCCGCGCUGCCCGCCCGACCACUUCCACUGCGGCCGGGGACGUUGUAUUGACGGAUCGCUGGUGUGCGACGGUGACGCAGACUGCCCAGAUGGCUCCGACGAGGAUUCUACGCCUGGUGGCCCCUGUGCUAAUGUGACUUGCAAUGAGGACCAAUACAUGCAAUGUGACACUAACCGCUGCAUUCCCAAAAGCUGGGUCUGCGAUGGACUUAAAGACUGCCGCGACGGGUCGGACGAGAGCGGAGCGUGGUGCGCGCGCGUGGUGUGCGGCGCGGAGCAGUUCGCGUGCGCGCGCUCGCGCCGCUGCCUGCCCGCCGCCUGGCGCUGCGACGGCGACGCCGACUGCGGGCCCAAUGACGACAGCGACGAGGCCGAUUGUGACUCGGCGUCGUGCACGGGCGUGAUGUUCAAGUGCACGAACGGUGCGUGCGUGCCGUGGGAGUACUACUGCGACGGGCACGCGGACUGCGGCGACGCUUCGGACGAGGUGGCGUGCCGCUCGCCCGCGCGCGCCUCCCCGCGCCCGCGCCCCCCCUCCGCCACGCCCUCCACCGCGCCCUCCGCCGCGCCCUCCGCUGCGCCCUCCACCGACCGUGCGCCGCACCGCCCGCAUUCGCACUACCACUAUCACGACUCAGAUCGCGGAGGACUGUGUGAAGAGCACGAAUAUCAAUGUACUAAUAUGGAAUGCAUUAGAAAAGAAUUCAGAUGUGAUUCACGUGUAGACUGUCUGGACGGGUCGGACGAGACGGACUGCGGCACACUUACUACUCCACCGACGAGCACGAGCACUGCACGCAGCAGCACGGCGGCGGCGGAGGGGGGCGCGGGCGGCGCGGGCGGGUGCGACUGGCCCGCGCUGCGCUGCGACAACGGGACGCGCUGCGUGCCGCUAACGGAGCUAUGCGACGGGGUCACGGACUGUGCCGAUGGCGCCGAUGAGGCGGAUCGCUGUGGCGAGCCCAUGUGCGCGGUGUCGGGCUGCUCGCACGCGUGCCACCCCACCCCCAGCGGGCCGGCGUGCUCGUGCCCCGCGCCGCUGCACCUGCAGCGCGACCGCCUCACGUGCCGCGCCGCCCACGUGUGCGCCGACUGGGGCGUCUGCAGCCAGACAUGUCAACCGCAAAAGAACCGCUACCGCUGCACAUGCUACGAAGGGUAUCGACUCGCCGAUGACGGUUUCACUUGCAAAAGUACAGAGGCGACGGGCGGCGUGCUGGUGUUCAGCAACCGGCACGAGGUGCGCGCCGUGGAGCUGGGCUCGCUGGCGUCGCGCGCGCUCGUGUCGUCGCUCAAGAACACCAUCGCGCUGGACUGGCGCCGCGCCGCCGGCCGCGUGCAGCUCUACUGGACCGACGUCGUCGACGACAACAUCUACCAGGGCACCAUCGUCGACAACGCUCUAACCGACAUAAAAGUGGUAGUACAACAAGGAUUGUCGACUGCGGAAGGCCUAGCUGUGGACUGGAUCGCUGGCAAUUUGUACUGGGUGGAGAGCAGUCUGCAUCAGAUUGAGGUCGCUCGAGCGGACGGUCAGUACCGUCGCACGUUGAUUGCAGGCGACAUCGAUAGCCCUCGCGCUAUCGCACUCGACCCUAGAAAAGGCUUCCUGUUCUGGAGCGACUGGGAGCAGAGCGCGCCGCGCAUCGAGCGCGCCACGCUGGCGGGGCGCGCGCGCCAGCGCGUCGUGCGCGUGGACGCGCUGGCGGCCGGCGCCUGGCCCAACGGCAUCGCGCUCGACCACCGCGCCGAGCGCCUCUACUGGAUAGACGCCAGGCCUCGAAUGUAUCUACGUACAUUUGUGAAGCACUUGUUUGCUGAUCUGUCGGGCAGCAAGGAGAGUGUCGAGUUGCGUCUACGGCAAGAGGGAGGUGCGGAGGUGGGGAGGUGGGGGGAGCGCACAAGGAGGGAGCACGAGGUGCGCAGGAAGCACUAA